AUGAAAUUCGCGAAUUGUCUCCGCGCUUUUGCGCCCAUCAGCCUGUCUACCUUGAUAGCGGCUCAACAACGUUUGUCGCCUACAGGCUUCAAAGGGUGUGAUGCCCUCAUCGCUGCAGGCCUCGGUGACAUGCUAGUCUUCCCUGCAGAUUUAGGUUACCGUGAAAGCACAUCUUCAUACUAUUCUUCAGAAAACAGACGACUGCAGCCUUACUGUAUCGUUCAACCUCUUUCUACCGAGGAUGUGUCACGCUCUGUCAAAGCCUUGGGUGCGGUCAGUUCCGCAGGCAACUGGGACAUUGCCGUACGCUCCGGUGGUCACUCUGACUUCGACAACAAUGCAGCUCGUCGUGGCGUCACGAUAGAUCUUACCUUUUUGAACUCGACAACUAUUCUUGGGGGCAUUGGGGGAAAUACUACCGCAACGUGGACAGGGUCGAGCAAGUUGACCAAGCAUGUGGCUAAAAUACAACCUGCAGCAAGAUGGGGUAAUGUUAUCAGCACUUUGGAGCCGUUCAACCUCGGAGUGACCGGCGGGCGCUCCGGUCACGUUGGGGCAGGCGGACUGUUGGUGUCUGGCGGUGCGUCGUAUCAUACUCAGCUAUGGGGUCUGUCAUGUGACAACGUCAUCGGGUAUGAAGUCGUCCUCGGCGACGGCUCCAUCGUUACCGCCAGCAACACUGAGAACGCGGACCUAUUUAAAGCUCUCAAGGGAGGCGGCAAUAAUCUCGGCAUCGUCACACGCUUCGACAUGCGAACAUUCACCGUUCCUCCAGGUGGUGCUUAUGGCGGUCUGCUUUUCACCUCAUGGUCUGACCUCGAUGCCGUCAAUGACCAGUUCGUCAAGUAUGCCAGUUCUAUUGAACAUGGUAGUCCUGAUCACGAAUUUAUCGUCUAUCGGUCUGAUGCCGGUAGCCUUUCCAUUAUGUCAAUGGCAGUAGCCACGGACGGAAACGAGCACUCGGCUACUUUCGAGGCUUUCAACCGGCUUAACCUUACGAGGGAUAUGCGAGCACGGAGAUCGCUCAGUCAAAUAGCCGCAAGCAUUGCCGAUACCGGCGGCUCCUACUACAGCAGCCGACCAUAG